AUGGGAAGCGAACCCUGGAAUCAUCGAUUCAUCCGAAUGAUAUUUUGGCUCUGUCCCAUCCAGCGCUCAUCGCAUUUUCCUCGACUCGCCAGCCCCUUUUCCGUCUCUGCUACUCUCCUAGUCAAGAAAAGAAUGCCACCGAAAAAGGCUCCCGCACCUGAAAAAAAAGCUAUCCUUGGCCGACCUGGAAACAAUUUGAAGAUUGGGAUUGUCGGUCUUCCUAAUGUUGGAAAGUCCUCGUUCUUCAACGCACUGAGCAAGACCGACCUUGGAAAGGCGGCCAACUUCCCAUACGCCACUAUCAACCCCGAAGAAGCUCGUAUCCCUGUCCCAGAUGCGCGCUUCAUCUGGCUCUGCGAACUGUACAAACCAGCUUCGCAAGUCCCAGCAUUCUUGACCUGUAUCGAUAUCGCCGGUCUCACUGCUGGCGCAUCGACCGGUGCUGGUCUCGGGAAUGCUUUCUUGUCUCACAGGUUACCCAUGUCGAGGGUGAUGUCGAUCCUAUUCGCGAUAUGGAAUCAUCUCGACCGAGUUGCGGUUGAAGACAUUGAAUGGGUUGAGAAGCAUCUCGAUGGUCUCAAGAAGACCGGGCGAGGUCUCAGCAAUACAAGUCUAGCAGACAAGGCAAAGAAGGAAGAAAUUGCUACGGUCGAGAAAAUUCACAAAAUCCUGACUGAAGAUAACAAAGAUGUGCGAAAAGGCGACUGGACGAACAAGGAGAUCGAAAUCGUCAACUCGCUCACACUUCUCACCGCCAAACCCAUCACCUACCUCGUGAAUCUCUCCGAAAAAGAUUACAUCCGCAAGAAGAACAAGUGGUUGCCCAAGAUCAAAGCGUGGAUCGACGAGAACAACCCAGGUGACCCACUCAUUCCGUUCUCUGUUGCUUUGGAGGAGCGGUUGGCUCCGUUGAGCGAUGAGGAAAAGAAGGAGGAGGAGAAGGCUGCGGGUGCAACGAGCGCAUUGGGCAAGAUUACCCAGGCAGGGUAUUCGAGUUUGGAUUUGAUUCGGUACUUUACGUGUGGGCCCGAUGAGGUUCGCGCGUGGACGAUUAGGAAGGGAACCAAGGCGCCUCAGGCGGCCGGUGUUAUCCACUCCGACUUUGAGAACAAGUUUGUGUGUGGUGAAAUCAUGACAUAUGACGAUUUGAAGGAGUACGGGAGUGAAUCAGCUGUCAAGGCGGCUGGAAAAUUGCGGCAGCAAGGAAAACCAUACGAAAUGAUCGAUGGUGACAUUGCUUACUGGAAGGCUGGUUAA